AUGGAUAAUCAUCUCCAAACCAUGGACACGGCAACGACAACACACAUCCCGCAGAUCUUUUCCACUCUGUCGGCGGUGGCCAUGGCGUUUUCCAUCACAAACACCUGGAUUGGCUACUCAGCGACGUUUGUCCCGCCGCUGUUGGCUGGAGGCGGUCCAGCUGUCGUCUUUGCUCUUGUCCUCGCUUGCGUCGCGUGUACUAUCAUCGCCCUUGGCUUGGCGGAGCUGUCGUCUGCCUUUCCUUCGUCUGGUGGCCAGUACCAUUAUGCUGCCAUGGUCUCCAAUGAACGAUAUCGCAACCCUAUUGCCUUCGCGGUGGGCUGGAUAAGCAUCUUAGGUUGGCUCUUCACAACAGCCAGCACCACUAUAUUCUGCUCUCAGACAUGUCUCAUGAUUGCGUCAUUCUAUCACCCUUCCUUUGUCUGGAAGGCAUGGCAGGUCUGGCUGAUAUACGUUCUCAUCACCGUAAUCUCUUGCCUUAUUAUCGUUUUUCUCGCUCGUUUCAUUCCUGCGGCUGAGAAGAUAUUUCUAUUCUCAUCCCUUCUCGGCCUUGCCGUCGCCUUCAUCACUAUCCUUGCGACAAGCGAGCACAAACAACCUCCCAAGCUGGUAUUCGCCGAUUGGGUGAAUGUCACAGGCUGGCCAGAUGGAUUGGCCUUUCUUCUGGCAACUGGCCAAGCUAUGUAUGGAUUUCUUGGAUUGGAUGGCGCAACACACAUUGCAGAAGAGCUACCGAAUCCAGAACGCACCGUUCCGCGGGUCAUAGUGAUGAUAAUGGUGAUCGGAACCGUUACGAGCAUUCCAUGGACUAUCGCCAUGCUGUUCAGCACAAACGAUUUGGACAAGGUUGCCUCAUCAGCACUCCCAAUCUUUGAAGUCUUCCUUCAGGCUAUCAACUCCAAGGCGGCAGCCACGUUCUUCACCGUUUGGAUCUGCUUCAUCUACUAUGGCGCCAUGGUCAGUUGUUUCGUCACGUCAGGUCGUCUCAUCUGGGCCUUUUCUCGUGACGGAGGUCUCCCGUACUCGCGCACCUUUGCCAAGAUUCAUCGCACCCUCCAGGCGCCUGUCAACGCCACGCUCUUGGCUGGUGCUUUCCUCAUCAUCUUCGGUCUUCUGUACGUUGCCUCUACUACCGCGUAUAACAGCAUCGUCGGUCUGGCCAUAAUGUCUACAAAUAUCACCUGCGCCAUUCCGCAGGCCAUUCUACUGAUCCGUGGCCGGAAUAUUCUACCUUCGCGGUACUUUGACUUGGGACGGAUCGGGGGGACUUUUUGCAAUGCAUUCUCUACGUUGUAUGCGAUCCUAUACGUCGUCCUGUUCUGUUUCCCACUAUCGCUCCCUGUCGAAGCCGACUCAAUGAACUAUCUUGCCGCUGUGUUGGUGGCUGCUUUCGUUUUUAUUUGCAUUCUUUGGUUCGGAUGGAAGCGACAUACAUUCCACGGUCCUACCCUUGACAGCGAAGGUAUUAUAAUAGAGGAGGAUAGAGCUAGUGGUAAGAAGGACUCUAGGAACUCUCAUGAAAAUAUGGCCUGA